UUACACUUGGCACAAUGCAGUCAGGCAAGUACAGUUCUCCUGGCAACCACCAAACCCAGACACGUCCAUUGGAUUGCCAGACAGAGAAGCGCGAUUCAUUGCACUUGGUGAUCAUUUGCUGUCUCCGCUCUGUUAUUUUGUGUGGCCUACAACUUUGUGGCUGAGUUGCUGUUGUUCCCAGUUGCUUCCACUUUAUUAUAAUACCACUAACAGUUGACUGUGGAAUAUUUAGUAGCAUGGAAAUUUUAGGGAUGGACUUAUUGCACAGGUGGCAACCUAUCAUGCUACCACGCUUGAAUUCACUGAGCUCCUGAAAGCGACCCAUUAAUGUUUAUAGAAGCAGUCUGCAUGCCUAG